AUGACCACUUCCACGGAGGUGACUGCUUGGAAUGACUACCAGACCUACUAUUCCGAACUCUUCUGUGACUUUGACCAACAGAGUUACAUGAAGAUUUUCAUUGUUUUAAUCUAUUGUCUUGUUUUCAUCGUGGGUACCUUUGGGAAUCUGCUCGUGAUCAUCAUCAUGAGGUUGAAGAAAAGGUCCAAGCGUUUAGUCGAUGUCUUCAUCACCCACCUGGCAGUGGCAGAUCUGGCCUUCCUGAUCACUCUUCCGCUCUGGGCAGUCUCGACCGCGCUGGAUCAGUACUGGCACUUUGGUGAAUUUCUGUGCAAGCUCAGCAGUUUCAUUGUUACUGUCAAUAUGUACUCCAGCAUAUUUUUCCUGACUUGCUUGAGCAUCGACAGGUUCAUUGCCAUCGUGCUGUCACUAGACUACGGACACCUGAGGACGAGAAGGCACGCCACUGUCGGCAGCCUGGUCAUCUGGGCACUCUCCCUCACGCUAGGGGUGCCCACUCUCUUGUACAAGAAGUUGGUGCAAGAUGAAGGGAGGUGGACCUGCUCUGGGACCAUCACACCUUUCAGUAAUUCUUUCACCCUAGCGAUCAGGUUCAUAGCCUUUGUGCUACCGCUGUGCAUCAUCACAGUGUGCUACUGCUCGGUGGCUGUCAAGCUCCACAAGCACUUUGGCAGAAUGAGGAAGGAGGAAAGGAAUAACUGGAAAUCCGUCAGGAUUGGGUUCUGGAUUAUCACCAUGUUCGUCCUAGCCUGGCUCCCUUACAAUGUCUUCAAGACAGUGGAUGCACUGGUGUGGUCUUCAACUCUCCAGUUGUCGUGCCACAUGCAGGAGGUGGUGAGGAGAGGUACCAUGGUCCUCACCUGCUUGGCGUUCUUCAACAGUUGCGUCAAUCCCAUCAUCUACCUGAUUUAUGACCGUUAUUUCAGGGAGAGCUUCUUCCAGCUCUUGCCCUUCCUGGGCUUCAGGAGGCCUGAGGGCAGCUCUUCAACACCUCCAGCCCAAUGGUCCAGAUCUCAGAGACACAACUCCUCGCUCAGCGUCAUCAAGGUCAGUUCCUGA